GGACCUGAGUGUGCGGGGCAGACUGUAUGGGAGAAGGCGAUCUCGCGGGUAACCUGGACCCAAACCAUUUAGGGCUUUAAAGGUAGAAAGAAUGAAAGAAAGGGAAGGCAUAAGAAUGUUGACCUCUGUAUGGUUGUAUAAUGGAAGGAAAUAUAACGGAGGACGUCUGUACUAGACCGCUUGGAUGGCUUCAGCAACAAGAUAAUGAUGCUAAACCAUGGCUCUGGAAAUUCUCUAAUUGCUUUUCAGCUACUGAACAGACUUGUCCUCUCAGUGCAAAAACGAACGAGUCCAUGGAGAAGAAGAAAGCUGCUGUGGAGUUGAAGGAUGUCCCAUCCCCUCACCACGCCGCUUCGAAACCAUUUGCUGCUCUCCCCCUUCCUGAUGUUCGCUCCCUUCAGCAAAAGCAAAUACAAUUGUCAUCCAGUUCUAAAGUAAGCUGUUGUACUCAUGACUCUGACUCUUCCACUCACGGUCCUCAACUGCAUUUCGGUGGAGGCGGUGGUGGUAGCUUGAUUCACCCUGGCACAGUAUUAGACUCACAAGGCACUGGAACAAUCACUUGUCAAAUAGGGUCUGGUUUUGCUUAUCAGUCUGCCUCCUCACUCAAGAACGUUCCAGCUCGAAGCGGCGUUGCUGGCGUUGCCAGUGACUUGUCUGGAGUGUGCCUGGAAAACAGUGUCUCUUCCUGUCCGCACUUCCCCUGCUGUGGGAAACUCCACUUCCAGUCCUGUCACGGUAACGUGCACAAACUCCAUCCGUUUCCCGCCCAUCAGAGCUGCGCAACGUCGGGUUAUUUUUCCUGUUCUGAGUUCAGAAGCGGGGCUACCGGGCUUUUGGAGGAACACAUCGCACAACCGGAGCGAGCGUCUUGUGUUUGCACCAACUCGCUGCACCUCAAAGUCACACCUUCCGUUUAUUUAAAGGGCUCUCACUACUGCACUGAGUGUUUCAGCAAGCCAUCCAGAGAGAGUUUGGUUGAUGCAGCUAAAAUUUGGCCAAAUAUUCCUCCUCCAAAUGCUCAAGCUGCACCUGUCUCCCUCCCAAUAUGUAAUGGCUGCGGAACCAAAGGAGCAAGAAAAGAGAAGAGUUUACUGCUGGCAAGCAGCUUUGGCCAGUUGCCACAGAAAUACGGAUCUCCAGAAGUUACGAUAACAGGCCAAGUGCUAGAAAACCUGCCUCCAAUUGGAGUCUUUUGGGAUAUUGAAAACUGUUCCGUUCCUUCCGGCCGUUCAGCUGUGGCCGUGGUACAGCGAAUUCGUGAGAAGUUUUUUAAAGGCCACCGAGAGGCAGAGUUCAUUUGUGUGUGUGACAUCAGCAAGGAGAACAAAGAAGUUAUUGAAGAACUGAACAACUGCCAGGUGACAGUUGCACACAUUAAUGCCACAGCAAAGAACGCAGCUGAUGACAAACUCAGACAGAGUCUUAGGAGAUUUGCUGAUACGCACGCUGCACCGGCCACUGUGGUCCUCGUAUCAACGGAUGUAAACUUUGCACUAGAACUCAGUGACUUGAGACACCGCCAUGGCUUCCACAUCAUCCUGGUGCACAAAAACCAGGCUUCUGAAGCGCUCUUGCAUCAUGCUCACGAGCUCAUCAGAUUCGAAGAGUUCAUUUCAGAUUUGCCGCCGAGAUUACCACUGAAAAAACCAGCAUGCCAUACCUUGUUAUAUGUUUACAACCUGCCGGCGAACCGAGACAGCAAAAGCAUCUGCUACCGACUCCGCCGUUUGUCGGACAACUGCGGUGGGAAAGUCUUGACUAUUUCUGGCAGCAGUGCGAUCCUCCGCUUCUUAAAUCAGGAUAGCGCCGAACGCGCCCAGAAGCGCAUGGAGAACGAAGAUGUCUUUGGCAAUAGGAUCGUUGUGUCUUUUACCCCAAAAAACAAAGAACUUGCUGAAACCAAGAAUGCAAGCUCUACCGGAGCGGAAAAAGUGAAGUCUCCCAAAAAAGUGAACAAGAACACAAAGCUUUGCCUUUUGAACAGGGAGUCGAACGAUCAACCUUCCGCCGCCAAAACAGUUGCAGGGAAAGGCCCUCAAGUCCAUGGGUCGGCUCCAAAGAACACGAGUGUGAAGAGCUUACAGGAACUGUGUCGCAUGGAGUCAAAGACUGCAAGAGCAUCUGAGAACCACCAAGGCCAGCUAAGAGAAGAUGUUGCUUCAUUGCAAAAUAAUCUCAGUGCAGGAAGUUCGAUACCCCCAGCGACGAGAAAAACCGGAACAGGAGAAUCCAUUCAUAAAAGCAAUCAAAAGAAAGAUUUGUUUGCAGCAAGAAGCAUCAACAACUCCCCGGUAGAGAGAAAAGAGAAGGAUGACACGUUCCAAGUCAGCUUCCCGUCCGCUUUCAGCAUGCUCACUGCAUCAAGACAGCUCAGUCCAAUCCUGAUAUCUCAAAGUUGCUGGUCAUCGAGGAGCGUGUCCCCAAAUGUCUCAAACAGAUCUUCUCCGCUCACCUUCAAUGUCAUAAAUCAUACUGGUAAUACAGACUGCCCAGAUCCUUUUGCAAAUGGAGCAGACAUUCAGAUUAGCAAUAUAGACUACAGGUUAUCCAGGAAGGAGCUUCAACAAACCUUGCAAGAAACCUUCUCUAAGCAUGGGAAGGUAAAGACAGUAGAGCUCAGUCCUCAUACUGAUUAUCAGCUGAAGGCUAUAGUUCAAAUGGAGAGUCUACAAGAAGCAAUCAGUGCUGUCAACAACCUUCACAGAUGCAAAAUUGGCAGCAAAAGGAUCCAGGUCUCGCUUGCUACAGGAGCUACCAAUAAGUCCUUGGCGUUAGUUAGUUCAGAAGCCAUUUCUAUACUUCAAGAUGCUCCAGCGUGUUGCCUGCCUCUUUUCAAGUUCACAGAGAUCUAUGAGAAAAAAUUUGGGCACAAGCUAAAUGUAUCAGACUUGUAUAAAUUAACCGACUUCGUAGCGAUCCGUGAACAAGGCAAUGGACGACUUGUGUGCCUCCUACCUAGCAGUCAAGCUAGGCAAAGUCCUUUGGGAUCUUCACAGUCCCAUGAUGGUUCUUCUGCUAAUUGUAGUCCUAUCAUAUUUGAAGAACUGGAAUAUCAUGAACCCGUUUGCAAACAGCACUGCAAAAUCAAAGACUUCAGUGAACAUGACUUUGACCCUGACUCCUACAAAGUUCCCUUUGUGGUUUUGUCGCUGAAGACUUUCGCACCACAAGUUCAUAGCUUGUUGCAGACCCAUGAAGGGACAGUGCCAUUGCUCAGCUUUCCUGACUGCUAUGCUUCUGAAUUCGGCAAUCUAGAAGUAGUGCAAGGCCAGGGAGGUGUUCCUCUGGAGCACCUCAUCACUUGCGUUCCUGGUGUUAAUAUUUCCACUGCACAAAAUGGCAUUAAAGUUGUCAAGUGGACACAUAACAAGCCACCGCCUCCCUCUGCAGAGCCUUGGCUUCUGCGCUCGAAGAGUCCGGUGGGCAAUCCGCAACUUAUUCAGUUCAGCCGAGAAGUGAUCGACCUCCUUAAAAACCAGCCCUCAUGUAUCAUGCCUGUCAGUAAAUUCAUCCCAAUGUACCACCACCAUUUUGCAAAGCAGUGUCGCGUGUCCGACUAUGGAUAUUCCAAGUUAUUGGAGUUACUGGAAGCGGUGCCUCAUGUCUUGCAAAUCCUUGGAAUCGGCACCAAGCGCUUGUUAACCUUAACACACAGGGCCCAGGUAAAACGGUUUACUCAAGAUUUGUUGAAGCUUCUGAAGUCCCAGGCCAGUAAACAAGUUGUUGUGAGAGAAUUCUUACAGGCUUAUCACUGGUGUUUUUCAAAAGACUGGGACGUAACUGAAUACGGAGUGUGCGAGUUGGUAGAUCUAAUAUCAGAAAUUCCGGACACAACCAUCUGUUUAUCUCAGCAAGAGAGUGAAAUGGUAAUCUGUAUUCCUAAGAGAGAACGCACCAAGGAGGAAAUUGAAAGGACAAAGCAGUUCUCCAAGGAAGUCAUUGAUCUCCUCCGCCAUCAGCCCUAUUUCCGCAUGCCUUUCAAUAAAUUCAUCCCGUCCUACCACCACCACUUUGGGCGCCAGUGCAAACUUGCUUUUUAUGGAUUUACCAAACUACUUGAACUCUUUGAAGCCAUACCGGAUGUCUUGCAGGUACUGGAAUGCAGAGAAGAGAAAGUCCUUACGCUAACAGACGUAGAGCAGGUCAAAGCUUUAGCUGCCCAGUUGGUUAAAUUGCUUCGCUCUCAGAAAGACAAAAGCCUCAUGAUGGCAGAUGUGCUCACGGAAUAUGCCAAAACAUUCGGCUACUCGUUGCGGCUCCAGGACUACGAAGUUGGCUCUGUGCCGGCUUUAAUGCAGAAGCUUUGCCACGUUAUCAAGGUUGUCGACACCGACUCUGGUAAACAGCUCCAGCUUAUAAAUAAAAAGUCUCUCCGGACUUUGACUGCGCAGCUUCUGGUUGUUCUGAUGACUUUAGAUGAAACCACCUUUAUUUCUGUUGAAGAGCUGAAAAGGCAUUAUGAAAGCACCCAGGGUUCUCCCCUCAAUCCGUGUGAAUAUGGCUUCAUCACGUUUACUGACCUCCUGAUGAGUGUGCCUUAUUUUAUUGAGGUGUUUAUCGAUGGGGAGGCAGAGUACGUCAAGCUUACAAGCCUGUAUGUGUUUGCCAAGAAAGUGAGGUCUUUGCUUCAUACCUACCAUUACCAACAGAUCUUCCUUCACGAGUUCUUGACAGCUUACAGCAAAUACACAGGUGAAGCGUUGAACCCUAAAGCCUACGGCUACAAUAACCUCGAAGAACUCCUGGGAGCGAUUCCACCGGUAGUAUGGAUAAAAGGUCACGGUCAUAAGAGAAUUGUUGUCCUAAAGAAUGACAUGAAAACUCGUUUCAGCUCGCCCAGUCUUCCUCCUGCUGAUGAGGAUCAUGGGAGUCCGUUUGCUGACAGUGAGGGACAAGCUACAGAGACCGCAAGAGCAAGCGAAUCCUUGGAAUUGAACCUGGAAGCGCCAAAUGCCGGUUCUAAUCAAACCGACCAAGAGCUGCUUUGCCUCACAAAUACAUCGCCUGUUGACCUCUUGUGUGAGCCGGUUCCUUCCUGCCUCCCCUCCCCGCAGCUGAGACCAGACCCAGUCAUUCUUGAAACGGCAGAUCUCAUUCAGUUCGAAGAACACCCGCCAACCCUCUCUGAGAUUAUGGUUUUAACUGAAGAAGAGGAGAAGGGUGCUGGUCCCUUAGAAGCUAAAGAAGAAUUGAGCCGCUUUCCCGCUGCAUCGAAUGCCGCAGAACUUACUCCAACGCCAUCCGAAUCCCAAUCAGGCAGAGAAGCCCUGGACAGCCCAGCCAAAAAGCAGCAUAAAAACCGAGUGAAAUUGGCAGCAAAUUUUUCGCUUGCACCUGUAACCAAGCUUUAAGUUCUGUUGUGGUGUGAAAGCAACUCCUUGUUAGACUGCACAGAAAAUGAAGCUACUGGCUACCGCCUUUAUAUUUUUAAUCACAAAUCUAGAGCAGGGGGGGUCACUUGUGUUCUCUUUGUCACUGACUACCUUCUGUGAGGAUUUUGUUCAAUUUACACUGAAUUCAGCUGGGCAGGGUUAGGGUUCUUUUUAUUUGCACUUCAAGCGUUUGUUAAGGAUAAUUUAACAUUUUACCAUUUUCAUUCUGUCGAUCGUCAGCAAAAAGCAAAUGAUAAACCUUGACUUAGAGCAGAAUGGAUUUUAAGUUUCCGAAACCUCGUAAGUGGUGUAAUCCUACAUAUUGCAUCUACAUCUUUAGGCUAUUUCUAACUUGCAUUUUUUUUCCAGACAGUGAUAACCCAGUGUGCAAUCUGUCUUGCAAAACGGCCUGUUGAGAACUUCUUAAAUCAUUAGAUCGGAAUAAAAUGUGAGAAGGGGACUUCCGUGUGAAAUUGAUAAGGGUGAAAUGGAGGAUUUUUCGUUUAUUUUUAGAUGACUUGCAAUUGACUCUUAUCAAAAGAUGACUGUAGAAAAUGUUGUUGGGAUUCUCAGGAAGUCCCUUUUAAACGCCUUCUGUAAUCAUUCAGUUCCACUGAGGAAUCUUGUAGGAAGUUGAGGAUAUUUUAAGCUUCUCUUUUAUGAGUGUGCCAUGUUGAAUGCUGAUUUGGAUUAAGGAGAAGAAAAUGUGCAUUUUGAAGUAAACUUUGAGAUGCUUCUUGCUGCAUCUGCUGAUGAGAUUACUUGGGAGCAUUUGGUAUUUCAAAAAUAUGCAUUUAAGUGCAUAAAUUACAAAUCACAACAAGGGGUUAGUGGAGCUUUUUAUAAGAUGGAAGGUAACGACGCUACUUCCACUUGCACAAAAAUGUGAGCUGUCCGUGGGACUGCCAAGGUUACCGUACUUAACCUUGUUAUCUAACUUUUUUAAACAUGUAGUAAAUGAGAAGCUUAAGUUGAGUCUAUGCUUUUUAACUGUGUCUGGUUUUUAUUCUGAUGUUUACUCCUGGUGUUCAAAGCUGCUUUUCUGCGUGCGCUCUUUUGCCUUCAGUUCCUACAAGUGGUAUUUUUGUUGGCUUUUAGAAAGGUCAGCCUUUGUCGGGGAAGUCAAGUCAGUGGACUCCUUUCACUUUCUUUUUUUAUAAAGAGCUAAAAUGUCUGCUGAAGCUUUAUACCCCUGCUGGGUAAACUUGGCAUUUACAAUGGAUUGUAUUUGCCAGGCAAGGAUUCUUAUUGCUUGUCAAAAGGAAAGAACCUAUAUACCAAAGGUUUCCACUGGCUGGCUGGAUAUGUGUGUGUGUAUAUAUAUAUAUUUUUGCAACUAUAUUUUGUAAUGUAUGAAAGAUUGAGAAAUGGGCUUGGAUCUUGCAGCCAGCAACUAGAAAAUGCCGCUUGAUGGCUAUAGACAACCUUUUUAAACGAAUAAAAUGGAUUUUGUUUAAAAAAAAAAGACUUUUAAACAAAACCAAGUAUUAAACAGUACUAAAUUAUAUAGCCAUUGUGAAUGCAGAGAAACACUGGAGGUUUUUCUGAGAUCAUGGCACGGCACAGUGUGUUUCACGUCCUUACAUUUCCUCUACAGACAUGGGGUUUAUAGGAAUGAAUUUUUAGAUUGUUUUUUUUUUAACCAUUACAUAAAUUUAUUUGUGAGACCAUCUUUUCCAUUCCCCUUAUGUAUAGACUGCAUAAAAUGAAGACCUGAUCACCUUAUGUUCGUCAUGCAGAAACGUGCAGAAACAGUUAUCAUUUUGAACUGCAGUUGCAAGUCAUCUAAAAUAAUGUGCUAGGCCAGGUUUGGGUGAAAACGAGAGAAGUACAGUACUGUUAAGUACUUUAAAUACAGAUGUGGUUAUGCCAUCUGUAGAGGAUGAGAAAUCUCUCUGGAUUCAUGUGUAAUUCUGACCAAUAUUGCUGUUUGGAAGUUAGAAUACAAUUUGGAGGAAGUUCGUUUUCCAUAGUGUGAGGCCAUCUAAUUGAUUUCUUUCUUUCUUUUUUUCCUUUUUACAAAGGCUUGAAGAAAUAAUGUGACUUGACAGAUUUGAAAAUUAAGACAAUUAAAUUCUUUCAUUUACACUUUACUAAUUUAGAUUUCUCAGCUGUUUAAAAAAAAAAAGUAAGUAUCACGGAAGCCCUUGACUUGUGCACACGCUCUGGUUGGGAUAGGAUAGGAGACAGCGUUCAUCUUUCUCCUUAAUCAUCUACUUCAUUUGGACACUUUUGUGGCUCAAGCGCUGUUUUGUGUGUUGGGACCAAACCGUUGUCAAUAAAAUUUUCAAGCAAGCA